GACGCCAUGGACGUGGAUCCGAGCGAAAGUGAUUUCACCGACGACAUGGAUGUCCCGCUGUCGAAAGAGAAAAAAGUGAAUAAACGGCGGAAAGACGUAUUCGAUGAGUUGGACGGGUUGGGGGAAACAAUGGCAGCGGCAAUACGAUUUGGAUUCAAACUACGAGAUGACUAUGGCAAGGACGAACGUGAAGAAAUAAAAAGUGCAUUAGAGGAUGCGUCUUCAUUGCUGGCGUACACCGAUCCACGCGUCAGUUGUGUAGCUCACCUAUUGGACCCUUCUGGUCGUGAACCAGUUGCGAACGCUUUAAAUAGUGCCAUUCUAGCGAAUCCGGAAGCUCGGGCACAUCUCGACCGUGAAGUUUCGGCGAAUAAAAUUCGGGAUAAUGAAGUGAUCCCAAUGUUAAGACUCGAUCCAGUAUUUCUCGACGUGUUGGCCAUGGCAUCGAACGUGGAAAAUACUUUGGACGUUUCUGAACAUAAGUGGAACUUCGAUCCGUGA